AUGGCUGCAGGCACCCGGACCUCUGUGCUCCUGGCCUUCACCCUGCUCUGCCAGUCCUGGCCUCCGGAAGUGGGCGCCUUUCCCGCCAUGCCCUUGUCCAGCCUGUUUGCCAACGCCGUGCUCCGGGCCCAGCACCUGCACCAGCUGGCUGCUGACACCUACAAGGAGUUUGAGCGGGCCUACAUCCCUGAGGGGCAGAGGUACUCCAUCCAGAACGCCCAGGCUGCCUUCUGCUUCUCCGAGACCAUCCCGGCCCCCACAGGCAAGGACGAGGCUCAGCAGAGAUCCGACAUGGAACUUCUGCGCUUCUCACUGCUGCUCAUCCAGUCCUGGCUCGGCCCAGUGCAGUUUCUCAGCAGAGUCUUCACCAACAGCCUGGUGUUUGGCACCUCGGACCGCGUCUACGAGAAGCUGAAGGACCUGGAGGAAGGCAUACAGGCCCUGAUGCAGGAGCUGGAAGAUGGCAGUCCCCGCAACGGGCAGAUCCUCAAGCAAACCUAUGACAAGUUUGACACGAACUUGCGCAGUGAUGACGCUCUGCUCAAGAACUACGGGCUCCUGUCCUGCUUCAAGAAGGAUCUGCACAAGGCGGAGACCUACCUGCGUGUCAUGAAGUGUCGCCGCUUCGUGGAGAGCAGCUGUGCCUUCUAG